AUGAUGGAGCAAAUCCAAAGUGACGAAUUACUUAAUCCACGCAAAGAAAGGAAAAUAAUUAGAAACAUAAAAAGUAUGUCUCGAACGAAUUCCAUUAACUAUGAAGGUGUAAAUGGGGAGAUGAAAAUUAACCUGAACAGCAAGGUGAAAAUGGUCAAAAGUUGUGCAAGAAAAAAUUACACCCAUGGUGGCAAAGUACCCACACUAAACUAUGCUACACCUACGGAAGAGAAGAAUAGACAGACUAGUAACGAUGGCAGAAGUAAACAAAGUAAAGGGAAAACACUUCUUGGUAAAAUAAAAACGUGCCGUGCAAAACGAAUUAAACAGAGGAAUCAGCCAAAUGUAAAACAAAGCAACGAAAUGAAUCCGCCCUGUGUAGAUGCAGAGGAAAGAAACAGCUAUGUAAAGGGAGUUGACACGAAUCACGGAUCCCUUAAAAACGUGAGACAACUUCGCGUCGACCUGCAGUUCUUCCUCAGAAAUGCGCAGUACCUUAACGAAGCCUUUUUCAAAAGAGACACUCUCCAGUCCAAUCGAACUAAAAAGGAAAUUCUAAAAAUGGGUGAACAAAAUGUAGUGACCACAGAAGAGGAUCGCCCUGACUGUGCAGGAAAUUCGGCCAAGGAGUUAGUAACAAAUGAACAAUCUGCAGGUAAAGGAGAAAUAGGCACAAAAGAGACGCAAAGUUCGACCCAUCAGCAGUGCAGCCAAAGUUUUACGCAAACCCAUGAGGGGACUGCCGAAAUGGCUGGAAAGAAUCCUCAAAAUGAAUCCUCACUUAGUUGCUACCAAAUUAGACAUACCACUAUGAAGGAGGCUACUACUGACCCUCCGAAUAAACAGAAUUCUUUACUCAUGGGUGAGCAAAAAAGGAGCGAAAGGAAGUGCAGACAAAGGGGCAAAACUCGCAACAGGCACACUCCAAGCAGUGACAAUGAUGACAAUAACAUUGCAGACGUUCAGCACGUAAGAAAAAGAAUGAAAUGGGACGUCUAUUCGGAAAGGCCACUCAGAAUAAAUGGAGAGCAGAUGUGCAAGGAGAGCACAGAUUCGGUGAAUAAGGGCCCCCUCAAUAGCAACACUGGCAGUACAGGCAAUCAAGGCAUCCCCGAAAACGUCCCCUAUGACCACGUCGAAGACAUCAUCGAUAGGGUUAACCUAAACGGAACACAACUCCACACGGAUCAGAGCAGCACCAACAAAGGGGAACCCCCGAAAAGAAAAAAUUGCAGUAUUCCCACCGAACGGGCAUACAACAUAAAGGAUAUAAUAGACAGAAACGUUUUAACAAAUUUUAUUAAGUGCGUUAAUAAGCAAUACAUGAAUGGGAACAGAAAUGAACCCAAUCAAACUGCAGUUAAGGAUAGAAAUGGAAAGAACGAUAAAGGGAAAUUGUUGCCUGUAUGUACUCCCGGGUGUUCGACAAGGGGAGUGACCUACGGAAGCAAAGAGGUAGAUCAUCGUGGGGAAGACAAGAACAGUGAAGAUAAAACCGAUGGUCAUAAUUUCCAUGUUGUGCAGUCUGUACAAUCUGUGCGGGAUGGCCAAUGUGAUGAGAAGAAGCAGCAGCAGGGAGGUAACUCCAAUGUGCACAUUAACCCCUAUGACCGCCCCUACAGCGGUGAAAUGGAAAAGCUGAAGAAGUCACCCAAAAGCAAGGACCCCUCAUGCAAUGGGGAAAAUGUCUUCGCAAAUUGUCCUACCACAUGUGCCAGUGCCGAAAAGGAGAUAUCCCACAUGGUGAAUAAAAAUGCACAAGUGAAAAAUAAGUUGAUCCAAUUGAACAGCCUUAAGAAUGAACCUCCUAGCCAUUUCCGCAGAGGCUACAAUGAUGAUCUGGUAACACAUGAAAAAGGAAAUCCUUCCAAAGAAGCCACUGUAAAAACGAAGGAAGCCAAUAAAAAUGACCACAUGGCAACGGAAAAGUUAACCCCCAAUUUAGCCUUUAACAAAAUGUAUGAAGAUGAGUCCUCUGCUCUUAUUAGGAAGUACCAGGAGAUUCUUCUGCAGAAUGUUUCCAAGUCACCUCCCCAUGUAGACAAGAAAGAAUUUGAAAAAUGCAAGUAUUGCGUUUUGCACAUUUUGAACCAGCACAGGGGGGAAGACGGGGACAGCCAAAACGGCAACCAAAACGGUAACCAAAGCGAUAACCUCCUUUGUAAGGACGGCAAAUGCGUUGACGAUGGGCUAAAGAACGAAGCGAAAGCCACCGCCCAUACCGGGGCAACCAAGGCCGGCAUCUACCAAGACAUCGCUCAUAUAGGCGACCUCACAAAGAGCUUCAAGGGCAACUACGAAUCUUUGAAAAAUUACCUGAACAAUUUAAACAAGAAAGAAAAAAACGUUCACGACUACCUUCUAAACCUUUACUGCUAUGCCUACAUAAGGCAGUGCGCUGUCAAUAAGGCGAAGACGGCAGAUGGAAACAACCCCACUGUUAGCAAGGAAGAAGAGAAUAAGGGGAAGACGAUCGAAGGAACUCUUCCCAACAAUAUGAACAACCAUUACGGCAAAGAUAAGGGGGACUCCGUGAAUAGUCAUUCUGUGAAGGGAAUUAAUGAGAACGCUAAUAGUGAAGAAAAGGGAAAAAACAGCCCCCCCAAUUUGUCAAAUGAGGGGGUAAAGCUCUCCAAUAGCGCCCCAAGCAACAGCAGAGGUUACAACGGUGGUAAGGACUUUUCCGCAAACUGUAAUCAGAGGCAGGUGUGCAGCAGCGUGACGAAGGAGGAUCGAAAAGCAGAUCAGUCAACAGAUCAGCCAACAGAUCAGCCAGCAGAUCACAAGGCGGAACACGUGACAGGGAGCAACCCCCUCCGCGUGAACGAAAAACCUAGUGUCGACGCAAAAAAUGGCGAAAUUAGAAAAAUUCUGUGCAGAUACUACAACUACUUGAAGCUAAAAAAUUACAUCAUCCCUUAUAACAUGUACAACAAUUCCACGGGGGUGACCAACAAAGAGAGCAGCCUCAGUCAGGGUGGAGCAAAGGAUAAGCAUAAUAACAACAACGAUGAGAGCAAUGAUAAAAGUAGACACAACAACAGAAAUGCAACCAUAGAAGAGGACCUCAUUAACAUAUCAUACAAUUUCAUCACAGAACAUAGAGGGCCAAAUAAUAACCUAACCUAUGAUCAUUUUUGCAAUUUUCACAAAAAAGAAUUUUUUAAAAAAAGGACAAACAAUAUGCUAAAUAGAACAGACGAAGCUGCUACGAAAAAAUGGGAUGAACCGAAACUGCAAUACAGUGAUUACAACACCCGGUUAAUGAGCAGUUACACUUAUGAUGGUCAUCACAGCAAGAACGCUUACAAGAAGAAAAAUAACGGAAGUCAUUUUUACCUGUUCAAAUAUUUAAUAGAAAAUUUGAACCGAGAAGAACUACAAAAGUUGAUGCUUUGUCAGUGCUGUUAUGUGAUAAAAAAAAUCGAAAAUAAAAUGACCCCCCUGGAUGUGAUUUUAGAUACCCAGAUUUUGUUUCAUGACUGUAACAGGUACUUUAAGAACCAGGGUUGGGUAGACAACAAUGGAAUUUCUCAGGAGGGGGCAAAGUUAGAGACGCACAAUUUAGGGAAGGAUAGUCGUUCCGCUAGUAGAAGCAACCCCGGUGAAGGUCUCCACUUUAAUGCAUUGCAUAGGAAUGAACUUGCGAAAUUGCACAACGGGGUGGGCACAAAUGGGGGCAAACCUCCUCAGAACAGAAGAGCCGCCCCCACGUGCUCUAACCCGUCUGAGGUUAGCCACCACGCCAACAGCAGCAGUGACCAAACCAAUAAGGGACACACCACCAGUAGCAGAAGCAGCGUCCACUUUUACAAUUUUGAAAACCACGAAGUAUCCAUGACCUCCACGACGGCGUCUAUGAGUUGGCAAGGAAAAGCAUUCGCAAAUGAAAAAAAUAAAAACGAAGAAAAGUGCAACGAAAAGUGGAAAAGGAAAAAUGACAAGGGGAGAAAUAAUCACCUAGCUGGAAAAGCAGAAAAGGAAAAUAAAGAAAAAGUGAAGAGGUACCAAAAGGCACGCAGUAACAUAGACUGCAGCAAGUUCGAAAGCGCAUUGUUUAGAAUAGCUAGCCGCAAAUUGAGGGACCUACACAGUCAGGGGGAGAAUAUCUACACGAGGGGCAAACGGAUGCCCGACACUGCGUAG